AUUUUCACUCAUUUAAAAUGCAGUGCCAAUUGAUAACGUUCCAUUGUGAAAAUUUUCGUAAAAUAAAUUAUUUUGCAUUCAGUUAGUGUCGUUAAUUGAGGUCUGUCAGGUGUGGAUUAAAGAAUUCUAACACAUCUGGACAAAAUGCACAAAAAAUUACAAACGGCCAGCGUACGCUAGGAGUCGUUUCCCUUCGCGAACACCCGCUCUACAGACUGUAAUCUUAAUAUAAUAUCAGCGCCAAACUACAUAACAUACUUACGGGAGACUAUAAAACUGUUGAUAAUUUAUUGCAGUCAUUGAUAAAUCGGACGUGUGUGAAUAAGAGAUAUGGAAUACGGUCAAUACAAACAAUCUCAUUACUGAUACAUUCAUUGCCAUCGUUGAUCGUAACAGUAUUACACAGUGUCUCAUCUGUGUUUAGCAAAAAAAAACAAAAUGACUUGGAAUUGGAUCGAAUUUUCCGUUUGGUUUCCACUUUUAAUAACUUCCCUCUCGUCAACGGAAAUAAAUUCAACAUUGCUAGAUUACCAGCUUCAAAACACAGCUAGCCGGUCAGGUGUUAAAAUUGGUCAGUCUGAGGUUCCAGAUGCCCGACCAAGCUUAGAAAAUCGAUUGUUCGUUAGCAAUGCCGUAGAAGCAGUAAUAUUGGACGUUGGAUCACGGAUUAAGGAUGAUACGAUUCGUACAAUUUUCGCCAAUUGCCUUCCCAGCACUCUAGAUACCACCGUAUUAUUUCAUGAAAGAUUGACUAAUGGCAACAUCUCAAUCCCAUACACUUACAUCAUUACUGGAGAUAUUCUUGCCAUGUGGCUGCGAGACUCAACCUACCAAGUGAAUCCGUACGUUCCGAUGGCAAAAGAGGAUGAUCAGCUGCGACAGUUAAUUCUUGGUGUCAUAAACACCCAAGCCGAAAUGAUCCAACUGUACCAGUGGGGAAAUGCAUAUUUUCCCUUGAAACAUUGGAAUGCCAGCAUCGAACUGAACCAAUCGGAUUGGUCAAAACAGGACGAAGUUACGCCAAAAUAUGAAAUAGACGAAGUGUUCGAAGCCAAAUACGAACUGGAUAGUCUAGCCUCAUUUUUGUACCUUUCGAAAUACUUCUAUGAGUCCACAGGGAAUUCAGAUUUCGUGGACAAUCCGAAUUGGGUGAAUGCCACAGAACUUAUUCUGAAAUCAUUGAGAGAUCAACAGGGCGGAACAAUUGAAGUUCUUUCCAAUCCGCCGUUUAAAUUUACACGACUUACAAGAACUCAAACUGAGACAACCAGUCUGUAUGGUAUUGGAAAUCCCGUUAAGCGAUGCGGCCUUAUUAGAUCGUUCUUCCGACCGUCCGAUGAUUCGACCAUUUUACAAUACUUAAUUCCUUCCAAUGCGCUGGUUGUUGUUGGAUUGAAUGGAGUGGCCGAUAUGCUCGAAACGGUAGGUAGGUUUCCCGAAUUAUCUCUAAAAUUACGAACGCUAGCAGUAGAAGUACGAACAGCCAUAGAAAAAUACGGAAUCGUUCAGCAUCCGGAGUUUGGUCAAGUGUAUGCUUAUGAGGUUGACUGUUACGGUUCUCACAUAUUCAUGGACGACGCAAAUUUCCCGUCGCUACUGUCGUUACCGAAAUUUGGCUUUACAACCAAGGAUGAUGAGAUCUACUUGAAUACGCGGAAGUAUAUUCUGUCUCCAGAAUGGAAUCCAUAUUUCUUCGACGGAGCGUACAGCGGAGUUGGAUCCCCUCACACCGGGCUUCUCAAUGUUUGGCAUAUGGCACAGGCUAUGCAGGGAAUGACCAGUAACGACGAGAUGGAAAUUUACAACAUUUUGUGGCUGCUGAGGAAUAGCACAAGCGGAACUGGAUUCAUGCAUGAAGGAUACAACGUUAACGAUCCGAGCGUCUACUCGAGACGAUGGUUUGCAUGGGCCAAUACGGUAUUUGGUGACUUUAUACUGCAUCUGGAUCAAGAACAUCCUCAUCUGCUUCAGGGUUCUCCAUUGGAAACAGGCAGUAACGGAAGUAUUGGCGUUGGUUUUCAAAUCAACAAUGAUAUAACACCAUGAGACCGGCUAUUCAUCUGUUAGAUCGACAACGGCGACAAGACAAAACGAUGAGAUCUGGCUAAUGCUCUCUUAUAGUAAAUAGCGGAAAUUAUAAUACAAGUUUUGACGUGAUAGAUUUUGUGUCAGACUGUAGUGGAGAAUCGAAUGAAGUAAUAGAUUCAAUGAUUUCGUUACGAUACGAUUAUCGUUUCUAAAACUAUAUAAACUUUCAACCACUUUAACUUUAAGCUGUCGGAUAUCUUUCUACAACAACAAAACACUUCGAAUAAACGAAUCAAGGUAACAAACAUUGUAGUUC